GCGAUGCAACCAUGGACAAAGCUAUACAUUAUUCUUUCACGGACGGCUCUUCGCGGUGUGCCUCUUCCAUGUCUGCUACGACAGCGAAUUGUACCAGGGUCACCCUGAUUUCUGUGUUUAUGUUGCGACGCCGGAUGAAGCGCCUUCCGCUGCCAAAUUCGAAGACACUGCAGCACAGCGGUCGACCAAUAUGGCAAUCCGACGCAAGAAACCGGGCCAACCUGCUCGCCUAUCCGACUCGCCCCCCGCGAUCCACCACUUCUCCAAGGCGCAUCGCGUCUGCAAGACCAACGGGGGCAAUCAAGUCCGCAAAAGCGUGCUUCCGCGGCAGUCGACGCAGGACCGGAUAAACAGCCCUGCCAUGGCCAGCAGCAGCAAGUGUUCCGACAGCUUGACGACCACGGCCAGCGCUCGCAGUUCGGAACUGCUUGCGGGCGUGGCGACGCUGCACAGUGGCGACGAGAAUCGUUCCCACAACGCGACCAUGCCGCAGUGCGAUGACGGUGACGACAGGACUGGCAAGGACGUGGAGGGCGACGGUGCGCAGCAGGAGGACAGUGUGUGCAAGUUGCAGAACCGGCUGCGCGACAACUGGUCCAAGCUGGUCACCGAUAGGAUCACCAUGAUGGCGUUCGCACGAUCCCUCAAGGGGCACAAGUGUCCUGCGUUUCCUUACUGUCUAGGUUAACCACCUAUCAAUGACUUGUGCUUUCUUUUUUUUUUUUUGCUUUCGUGUGCAUAGCUGUAUUGUAUGCGCUUAUGAUAGGGUUAUAUGUCAUAGAAAGUCGAGAGCUUGAGUUAACAGCGUGCUUGUUCUUGGAAAAGGGUCUACGAAAUAGAGACUGGUUUGGCUUCACUGCGUUGCUGCUAAAACAUUGAAAAUGUUUGGUUUCUAGAGGGAAGCACGUGCACAGUGAGUGACAGAAAAAGCAUAUUAUGUGCAUGAAUUCCCUGAAAAAAAUAUUAAUUCGUCUGAGCUCAAUUCAUGUACUACUUCCAUAAAAUUAAGCUGUAGAGACCAGGCCGUUAGACAACCUGAGUUCUUCUCCAGAACCCCACUCUAAAAUUUGCUUAAAGCUGGGCAAAUGUUUUGCAGGACACAACCACAGCCAAAGAGACUACAAAGAAAGCAUCUGUUUCUGGUAUAAAGUAAAUUCUUGCUCUGACUGGUCAUUAUUGCUGGAAGUGUGCAGAGGUCACAAAAAGUACUACAGAUGUGUAAACAAGGCAAGUUGUGCGUCAACUUCCCGUACAUCAUUAUAGUGACAAGAUCUCAUUGAUGCAUGGUGAUCUGUAGAUAUGUGCAAGGACAAGAUCGCCAAGACUGAGAGUUGCAGAGCUAGGCUGUCAAUUAAAUGUGUGCACCAAAUGUCCAAGCAGUUGAAACCCUAUAAAUUGCCACUCUCUGUGAAUUGGCAAAGAAAAUUUACAGGACGUGCUCUAAUGCACUUGGAUCUCCUAAGCCUUUUCGUGCACUUGGGGUAGUUGUUAACCUGCUAGGUCUAAACAAUACGUGGUAAAUGGUAGGGUUUUUAAAGCAAAGUUUUAUGAUUCAUAUGUUUGAAGGACACUGGUUGCUAUGCCACCUUGAGGGCAUGCAAACAAAAAGGUUGCUCUUCUAUAUUUAGAGCUAGUUUCUGUAGAAUGAAUGGCUAAAUAAUUCUCUACUGUUCUUUGCUGCAGUCAAACAUGGCUGACAAGUAAUGUGCAAUUGAACACUACUGAGAAAUGCUUACGGAUGGUCAGCACGGUGCUGUAGUUGAGUUGUUUUCACAACUGCGUAUAUAACAUAGAACUAUGGGCCCUGCCGCAGGUGGUCUAGUGGCUAGGGUACUUGGCUACUUACCUGCGAAUCGGGGGGAUCGAAUCCCAGCUGCGGCGGCUGCAUUUUCUAUGAAAGCGAAAAUUCGGUUUUGUAUUCGUGGUUACAUAAUGAACCUUUUGCAACAUGGCUUACUUCCGACAUUGAAUAAAGACAAGAUUUUUAUGCAGUUGAAGCAUGCUGCUACCCGAACCAAGUUUUAACACUUGCAUAUGUGCAAAAACUUUGUAUACUGGUAUGAAAAACAGACUGUAUUUGCAUAGCUGCUAGGAACUUUUGUGACAAUUGUGCUCUAAACUAAAGCAGUACACCAUGGUAAACUUGAAUUAGGUCUUUUAUAUGACAGCACUGCUUUAUGAUUAAUUACAAGUCAAGCUGAAGUGUUAGGAUGCAAACCAUUACGGCGCGAAAACUGCUUCCAAAAUGUGCAGCUUCUUGCUCCUAGUAUGGCUGGGCAAAGCAAUGAAUAUAUAACUAUGUUAGCAUAGAAAAAAUGCUACUAACAUAUUGCUUUAUUUCCACUGCAAAGUGUGGUCUAAGCAAAACUGCCAGAUUUGUGUUACUUUUGCUUUAUCACUCAUGUUGCAACUGGUGUUGAAUAUUGUUGGCAGCGAAAUGUGCCAUCUGAGGAAUACUAGUCAACUAAAAGUCUAUUCAUUCUAUAGACUAUUGUAUAGUCCUCGCAUUUUCUUGUGUUGUCCUUUUGAUGAAACCAAAGAGAAAACAGUAAAAGGCAAAGUAUUUUUAUUACAAU